UGUCAAUCAGUCCAAUAUUCAAUUCAAAAGUCAAAUAAAAAGCUAAACGCUCCUCUUUCGUUUUUCGCUCCCUAACUAACCUAAAAAUUUGAGCAUAAAUAAAAAUUCCAAAAAAAUAGAAAAGCAGUUUUCGUGUAAUUUUCACACAUUUUCCAAUUGAAAAACGGUAAAUAAAGGCUACCGAAAUGGCCCUGAACAAACCAAAAUCCGAGAUGUCGUCCGAAGAGCUACAAGCCCGUGAAGAAGAAGAAUUCAAUACCGGACCCCUUUCUGUUCUCACUCAAUCAGUGAAAAACAACACUCAGGUAUUGAUUAAUUGCAGAAACAACAAAAAGCUAUUGGGAAGAGUGAAAGCGUUUGAUAGGCAUUGCAAUAUGGUGCUGGAAAAUGUAAAGGAAAUGUGGACGGAGCUGCCCAGACCCGGUAAAGGAAAGAAGAAGUCCAAGCCCGUGAACAAGGACCGAUUUAUUUCCAAGAUGUUUCUGAGAGGCGACGCUGUUAUUAUGGUGGUGAGGAAUCCUCUUGCAACGGCCAGUUGAGAUAAUUAAUCUGUAAAAAUUGGUUAAAUAAACAUUUUUAUAUUAAGUAAUUUUUUAGGGAGGUAUUAUUUUUAAUAGUGUAUCCCAAAAAUUAAUCUUUUCUAUAAAAUUUUCUCAGCCAAUGAAACUAAGUUGAAGGAUUUUACACCAAUAAUAGUACAUACUCAAAUACAACUUUUAGCCAAGUUUGGAUUUUUUUUUCUUGUGCAAGAUUAGCGCAACUUUCUGGUUUCCAGCAUAUUUCUUAUAGACCCCAGUACAUCGACCAUUUAAUUUUGUAACUCAUCUAUAUAGAGUGUUUCAAAUUCAAGCCACAUCAUUAGAAUCUCGGGAAUGAUGUGAGAUACAGGGUUGGUUAAAUUGGGGCAAAGUUGCGUAAUUUGAUGCUUAACAAAAUGCCGCUUUGAUAUUUAGGAUAUUCCAAAUACUUCCGGAGAUAUCUUGAA